AUGUCAAGCAACAGAAAAGAAUAUCUCAAGCAACGAAAACGAGACAAUCGUAACGAACGGCGAUCAAAUGAUAGAACCUCUGAAUUAAGGCUCUCUGGCCAUGAUCCUGAUCCCUCGUUACCCCCCGAGCGCAUUGUCUGGUCGAUACAAAAAUACAAACCGUGUGAACUCUUCCCCCAUCAGAUCUUGGAGGGCGACCGAAAACCAACACCUGCCGAGCUUGAACAUGCACAAUCAGUUGCAGAAGAUUUUUUCUACUUUGGACAUGGAAAAGUAGUUGUUCUAGAUGAGGAUAACGAAAAUGAAAUAAUUGCGAUAAUCGAGUUCACUCCACUUGAAGAACUAUCACCUCAACAAAUCAGGGACCUGAACAUUGUGACCGCCUUCCUUCACAAAUGCAAAAGAUUUGUCAACUCGAUCUCGUCCGCACCACGCUGCUGGGGUGGGAAAAUGUGGGCGUUUGGAUGGCGAAAGUGUAUGGAUGCUUUUAAGCUUGCUGGACUCUAUCUUAACAGCGCAAAAAUUCGAGCUGCCAAGGCCGAAUACGAUUCCCACAUGCGGUCUUCACCCCGGCCUUCAAAGAUUCUAGGAAAGAUGUUCAAAAAUCUUGCAAAUGUCGCUUUCGAACAAAAUCGUGAUCUCAUGAAGGCAAACUCUAUCCCUGCCUUUGCAUCCUUACAUCAUCAAGACCCACUUGGCGAGUUCGACUGCUCACCAAAUUUAACCUUCACCACGGGCGGUUUUUAUAAUCCACCACACAAAGACGAUGAAGAUCUGCAAGAUUUUGCAUUUGCUCUAUUCCUUCCAACCAAAACGGCUGACGGUACUCUUGUAAACCCAUCUGAAAAUUACAAUAUCACUGGUGGUGCAUUUGUUUUUCCAGAUUAUGGUAUUGGAAUCAAUUUCUCUGAACAAAAAGGAGUUAAGAAUUACGCUGGCCAAAGAUUCGGCUCCGACUCAGCGACCUCUCCUACGGCCUCAGUCUUAGAGCGUUGGUCUGGCCGAGAGUCUCGUCACACGCGCACCAAGCGAAGUAUCACCGGAUCCGAGUCGGUCUCCUUACUCCGCAAGAUCCAGGGCUCAACACGGAUCGCACUCAAUCUCGAGCCGCAGAGCAAAAAAUAUGUGAAUGCUGAGAUCUUGUACUCUUAUGCGCCUGACGACAACUUGGUCUAA